UGGAAUUUUUAAUUUUGACAUCGCCUGACCCAGUGACCCUGGCUUGCACUGAGCUCCGUUUCCAACAGACCUCCUCUUCAACACCUGCUAGUGUGGUCUCUAAACUCUGAAAAGUUUCUGAUAUGCAUGAUCUACUAUAGUAACUAUACUGAACCCUGAUUUUGUGCUGGCGUACAAUAUAUACCGAGGCAUGUUGCUGAAUGAAGACCACACAGCGAAUCAUAUGAGAAUUCCUGCUGCCCCCGCUUUCAUCCCCUCAUCAAAACCUCGCGUCCGGAUAUGCCAUCAGUGUGGUUUCGUUUUACCACAAGAUUUUCCAUGGAUAGUCUGUGAUGACUGCCAGUUACUACCGCGGCUAAGGACCCAAAGUAUUCAUUCCCCUGCACACACUCUCCCUGCAAAUAAAGACGCAACGACGCUCGGACAAGCUGGACAGUUCUUUGCGACAUGUGUUUUGUGCCAAAUGGCCGUAGAAGGAUCAAGAAUCACAUCGAGCUCUGACACACUCUGCCCUGCAUGUCGAAUGAGGCAAGAAGGCAUGAAACUGAAGCCUACAAGGCGCAUCAAUCGGCACGUACCACCAUUACUCCCACCCACAUCACCCGUCAUCGCACCACCCCGCGAUCCUCCCCGCCCGUGUUUCUUUAACUCCCGCGGAGAAAUUGUUGCUCAUUCCUCUUUCCCUGUUGUCGUGGCGCCCAUGCGUGUGUGUAUGCGCUUCGGCUGUGGAGCACAAUUAGCACCCAACCAGCUUUUCAACUUUUGCGAUGUGUGUCUGCGAUUGGGGUUUGGCCGUGGAGCGCCUGCACCGCCCCCUGCCCCCAAGCGCCUUCCGAAGCGCAUGAGAAGAGAUGAACUUCCCUCUGGGGUGCUUAUCUCAAAGGUCAAGGUAAAGUGGUUUUUCAUAUUCCUCUGUUUAGAAUGCAGUUGAACCAUGACGAUUUGAAGCGUGAUAUAUAUGCUGCACAGAGGACUGAGGCCCUUGGACAGACCCCGCAAGAAACGUGUGCGGAACUUGGUCCACACAACAAUGAUGAUUUGGACCUCGAGUUGAUGUAUCCUGAGGUUAGUGAGAUGAUGAAGAGCUUGCAGCACAAGAUUCCGUCAACUCGAUAGCGACAACUGUUGGUAACGAUGUUCCACCUCCAGGUGUUGUCUCGGAACGUGGGCCUUCGC